UUCUCCGUCGAAACCCUAAUUCGUGCGAGAGAUUGUUCUCUAUCAGUGAAGACCUCUCCCAUCUCGUGGUUGGAAAGCGAUGCGAUGCGCAGGAGUGUGUUCCCGUUACUUGUGAAUUGAUUAUUGGAUUUUUUUUUCUAGGGUCAUGUUGGUGUAAGUUUUAAGGGUCUCAAGUAGGUGUGAAAUAUGACGGAGAGUACCGCAACCAAGGAAUCUGAGGGAGCGCCCGCUAGCAGCGCGCCCGUGACAAAUGCUAUAGAUCCGGCUUCAGACGCCGCGCCUGCGACGACAACGACGGCCACGACGACAACGGCAACAGGUGGUGCGAAGUCGGAACCCGUUGUUGAUGAUCGACCUCCCCUACUUCCUCUAUCUUCUGCCGCGACCACCGAUGUAGUCACUGACCAGAGCCGAGCGAAGGACAAAGAGAAUGAUGAGAAGAAUCGGCGUGUUCGAGAAGGUGAUGAUCGGGACAGACAGACUCGAGAAAUUCGAGCUGGCUUACAUCCUCUGCAGCACCGGUUUGUGUUUUGGUAUACUCGAAGGCAGCCAGGCAUUCGGUCCCAGACAUCAUAUGAAGACAACAUUAAGAAAAUAGCUGACUUUAGCACUGUGGAAGGAUUCUGGGGCAUCUAUUGCCACUUAGCUCGAGCAUCCACUCUUCCAAAUCCAACCGACUUACAUUUGUUCAAGGAAGGCAUUCGUCCGUUAUGGGAAGAUGCUGCUAACCGAAGUGGAGGAAAGUGGAUUAUCCGAUUUAAAAAGCUAGUGUCUGGUCGAUACUGGGAGGACCUGGUGUUGGCAAUGAUCGGGGAUCAGUUGGAUUUCGGCGACAGUGUCUGUGGUGCUGUUUUGAGCAUUCGUUUUGGGGAGGACAUCCUUAGCAUAUGGAACCGCAAUGCUUCUGAUAAUCAGGCUGUCAUGGCUCUUCGUGAUUCAAUUAAGCGGCACCUUCAUUUGCCUAUUGGAUAUAUGAUGGAGUACAAACCUCACGAUGCUUCGUUGCGUGACAAUUCAUCUUUCAGAAAUACGUGGUUACGUGGUUAGUGGAAGUGGUUCUACACAAAGUUACACUGAUAUACGAGAGAGAAUUACUGAAGUAGACCUCAGGGCAUAUAGUGAAGUGCUAGUAAUGGCUCGAGUCUGUCUGGCUUCAGAUGUGUAAGUGGUUGGCUUUCGGAUGUGAUAAUCUUGUGAACUUGGUUAUGACUAUUUUGAGGUUUCCACGCUUGGCUUGAGUAUCCGAGGUAGUUUUUUACUUUGUUCGCAGCGCUGAAAAUCAUGAAAUGAAUAUUGAUGUCAUCAGCGUUUUACAUGCAGCUUUGAAUACCGACCUUUAUGUGUAGUAUCAAAGAAUCAAGGACUAGGCAAUUCGCUUUAGUUCAUGUCAUAAAUAUGAUAACUAAAUUUGGCUGUGGAA